GAGGGUCGCUAUCGCCUUUGGAAAGGCUGAGCCGGAUGAUUCCCCCCGAGCUCCACUCUGCGGAGAUCAGGGCUCUGAGAAGCGCGGAGGUGAAGGAAUCCGAGUUUCAGGAACGCGAAACAGACGUCGCAGAGGUGGGAGUCUUCCCUGGAGCAGAUUCCCAGCUGGAUCGAGGCUCGUUCUCCGAGAAAAUAAAAAAUGCGCCUUCCAGGAACUGCCCCUUCCGAGUUGGGGAGCUGAUUCUAAUAGAGGGUCAUCGAAAACACGGCUCGAAAUGGAAGAUUCAAUGCCUGCUCACUGAUACCGGAACGUGUAAUACUAAUUUGGGUUUCAUUAGAUUCUCUGAGAUCAUAGGCAGACUCCCCGGGCAGCUGUUCCGAACGUCCCAGGAUAAAAUCUUGAUGAUUCGGAGGCCAUCCUUACAAGAAUAUGUGCUGCUAAUGGAUCGAAAACCUUCCAUCAUCUCUCCGAAGGAUGCCAAUACAAUGUUGCUGCUAAUGGAUAUCACUCAAGGGGACAUAGUAUUGGAAGCUGGUUCUGGUUCUGGCAGUAUGAGCUUAUUUCUGUCAAAAGCAGUGGGGUCACAAGGACUUGUUAUAAGUUAUGAAAUCAUGAAACAACAUCACAAAUUGGCAAAGAAGAAUUUUUGGCAGUGGUGUAAUGCAUGGAAACUAGGACGUGGUAAAGAGUGGCCAAAUAAUGUAGAUUUCAUUAAUCAAGAUAUUUUGACUGCAGCUGAGGAUUUGAAAUCUAUAACACUUGAUGCGGUAGCUCUGGACAUGCUUUGCCCACAGAAUGCCUUGCCUGUAAUUUUCCCAAGUCUUAAACAAGGGGGGGUAUGCGUUGUAUACUUGGCAAAUAUCACGCAGGUUAUUGAAUUGAUUGAAGUUAUCCGGAUCAGAAAAUUAGCCCUUUUUUGUGAAAAGGUUUUGGAAGUUACACAUAGAGAUUGGCUAAUAUGCCCAGCUACAUGGGAAAAGAGAAAUGUUCUUAAAAACAUAGCAUCUGAACUAAACAUCAAUGAUGAAACUGUUUGCCACUAUGAAAAUGAUGUUUCUGCUGAAGAGAGAGGAAAUGAAGCUCUUGCUUCUGCCAGUGUAAGAAUACCUUAUGUUGCUAAACCUUUCCCAUAUCAGGUUGGUCACACAGUAUUCCUUGUCAAGCUGAGGAAAUUUAAUUCAUUAUAUCCAAACACUGCUCCCGAUGGAAUGUGCCAAUCUGAAGACUGUACUUCAUCAGAAAUAACACAUUAAAUUUUCUUCUGAUAUGAGUAUGAUUUGGGAAACAUCGGAUGUGUUUACAUUGACUAAGAUACAGUAUGUUUCAAUAGACUAAUGUGUUUAACAAA